CCUCCGCCCAUCUAUUUCGUCGGUCGAUAGCUGCGCGAGGAAUUUCUUUCGCCAUUGCGUCGCUUUGACAGCGCUGUUUUGUUUCGAGCUUCAUCGAGAGUCCCUUCCUGAACGACAACAACAACACCCGAGCAGGAUGAACCGUCUCUUCGGACGGGGUAAGCCCAAGGAACCGCCUCCAAACCUGACCGACUGCAUCGCCAGCGUAGACGGUCGCGCUGAAUCGGUGGAGAAGAAGAUCGCCAAGCUAGAUGCCGAGCUAAAGAAGUACAAGGACCAAAUGGCCAAGAUGCGAGAAGGCCCGUCCAAGAACAUGGUCAAACAGAAAGCGCUGCGCGUUCUGAAGCAACGCAAGAUGUACGAGCAACAACGCGACAACCUGAUGCAGCAGUCGUUCAACAUGGAACAGGCCAACUUCGCCACGCAAACCCUAAAGGACACCAAGAUUACGAUGGACGCGAUGCGACUCGGGGUGCGCGAGAUGAAGCGCGAGUACAAGAAGGUCAACCUCGACGACAUCGACGACCUGCAGGACGAACUGGAAGACAUGCUCGACCAGGCUAACGACGUCCAGGAAGCUCUGGGUCGCAGCUACGGCAUGCCCGAUGUCGACGACGCCGAACUCGAGGCCGAGCUCGACGCUCUGGGAGACGAAAUCGCGUUGGACGAAGACACUUCGUACCUGGACGAAGCGAGCGCCCCCAGGAUCCCGACGAAGGAACCCGGAGCCGAGAGCCUGCCAGCCAAUCAGGAAGGUGUAUUGGUCGACGAGUUCGGGCUGCCUAAGAUUCCGGCGACUUGAAGCGGGGACUUGAAGCGACUUGAUCCUGCUGGGCUGGGGGGGCUUGAGCGACUUGAAGAAACUUGAUCUUGCGGAGGGCGGGGGGCUCGAGAGACGAUGAGUUCGGGGAGACUGUGUUCCAGAUUCUCAUCGACUGGCAACAAGUUGGAGAGGUGUUUUUCCAACAGCGCGUUGUUUCCAGAAUUGUCGAAGAAUUGAGCAAACGGGGCAGCCUUUCUUUUUUCUAGCUCAACAGUUCUUCAGGAAACGAAACAAAAUUGAGGAUCGAAGCGAAUGAAGACUCGUAAGAAGGUUUCAGUUUUAUGGCGACGGCGACGUAUCGUUGCUGUUUUUUUUUUAAAUUAAUAACACCACUCGGGUCGCACAGCAUUGUAUACGCAUGUCGUGUAACCGUUUGUUAUGUAUAUUCUUUUCUUGGUUAGAAAACACGCUUGUUUACUACUGCAAGUUUACAACGCCGUUUGCGAUGUUAACCUAAUCUGCUACUGUUUUGCCUAAUCCGAUGCUUCUGUGUGGAUGUAUAGUUUGUUGAUGUCCACAUUAAAGCAAAGUUCUUGCGGCG